UCCUUGGCAAGAACUUGCACGGGGCCAGCGCGUGCCCCGUCCAGCCAAGCCCGGCUCAGCCAGGUCGGGACCAGCCUUGCUCACCUUCUCCUCUCCCCCUCUCUCCUGGUUUGAUGAAGAAGAGCUGACAACCCCCUUCCUGAAGAAGGCUCACACCCCACCUCUCCAUGAGGAUGCCAACACCGUGGUCAUCGCAGUUGUCAUCACCCUGGUGUUCCUCACCCUGCUGACAGUCCUGGUGGUGAUCAUCAUCUACCUGUACAGAAACAAAGGCAGCUACCUCACCUACGAGCAGCCGGCGGCAGAGACCGACGUGUCAGUGCAGAUGGAGGAUGCUCCAUCCAAGGAGAAGGAAGAGUAUUUUAUCUAG